CAGUGGGCUUGCUUUUGCAAGGGGGCUAGUACGGACAGCGUCUGGGCUGGAGCAGGAUGCUCGAGCGCCUUCCGUAGGAGCGGGGCAGGAGACAGGGACCAACAGACCUGGGGACUCAAAGCUUCCCAGCCCAAAGGGGAACACGGCUGUUUCCGUGCCACUGAGGAAAAGAAAAGGGAGUUCAAAGGAGAAAGACUGUGGUCCGUCCCUCCGAGUGCCGGGGGCUGGGCGCCGCGUCCUGGGGUCCGAGGGAAGGCAGGGCUUUGUGCCUGGGAGGAGCCCUGAGGGGGCUCCUGUGGCGGACAAAGACUUCCCCGAGUGUGAGAGGGGGCGGGGCGCGGCGCCCCUCUCCGGGGAGCCCUUUCAGGCUCUCGGUCGAGUGAGAAAGACGGGCGGCUCCCUUCGGAUGAGUUCAGGCAGGGUGGCCCUGCCCCCGCACUCCUCCCUGCAUGUUUUCCCCAAGAAACAGCCAAAGCGAGCUUGCCGAGAAAUCCCUCGUCCGCUCCAGGUCCUGGCCUCGGCAUUGCGACCUUUCGCUGUGUCCUUGGCGCCGUGCCCGCGCUCUGCACGCCGCCCCCCCAGCCUGAGCCGAGCCACUCCUGCUCGCCAGCUCCCCGGGGCAGCCAGUGCCCUUCGGCCUGCUCAGACAGGGCCCGGCGGCUUUCCUCCGACGCUGCUCUUUCCUGUUGGCUCAGCCUCCGCUUGCAUCGUGCCUCCGGCUCUCCUGCAGGGAACGCCACCGUUUCCGAGACAGGCUUCGUGCCCAAGAAGGCGCCCGCUGCUGCCGCCCUAAGGAGGCAGCAAAGGAGCCCAAGCCAAGAGAUUACGUGAUCCCGGAGGUUUUACAAUUGCCGCACCCACCAUCUAACAUUGGAAUGAUCUCUCCAGAAGACUUCAUCCGAAAGGAUUUGAAGACUGUCCAUGGCUACCCCAUGGUUUGUGCCUUUUCCUACAACUGGGAAAGGAUUGAGCAGUUCCAGUGCAAGCCAGAUGACAUUUGGGUAAUCACGUAUCCAAAGUCUGGGACUACCUGGGUGAGUGAAAUCAUGGACUUAAUUAAAAGUGAUGGUUAUAUUGAAAAGCAGAAGAACGUUCCCAUUUUUGAGCGAGUCCCAAUGCUGGAGUCUGCAGCUCCCGGGAUAAUGACAUCAGGUACCGAGUACUUAGAAAAGGCGCCAUCCCCUCGGUUUGUGAAGACUCACCUGCCGAUUGCCCUCCUUCCCAAGAAUUUCUGGGAGAGCAACUGCAAGAUUAUCUAUGUGGCUCGGAACGCCAAGGAUGUGGCAGUCUCCUAUUACAACUUUGACAGAAUGAACAAGUUCCACCCCGAGCCAGGCACCUUUGCUGAGUACCUGGAGAAGUUCAUGUCUGGGAACGUAAGCUACGGCUCCUGGUAUGAACACGUCACGAGCUGGUGGGAGAAGAGGAAGGAUCACCCCAUACUCUACCUGUUCUACGAGGAUAUAAAAGAGGACCCAAAGAGAGAGAUUCGGAAGGUGAUGCAGUUCUUAGGGAAGAAUCUGGAUGAAGAAGCCUUGAACAGAAUUGUCCAACACACCUCCUUUGAAACCAUGAAGACUAACUUCAUGGUGAAUUACAAGGCUCUACCAGCUACCUUGAUGGACCACGACAUCUCUCCUUUCAUGCGCAAGGGAAUUACUGGAGACUGGAAGAAUUACUUCACUGUGGCCCAAAAUGAGAAAUUCAAUGCAGAUUACAAGAAAAAGAUGAGUGAAACAACUCUGAAGUUCCGAACCGAAAUCUGAAGAAAUUGGCUCUUUUAUGUCCCAACAGAUCUGUCAGGAUUUCAUUUCAAUAAAAUUAAAUUUUUCUAAAUAAAAUAGCCUGGAAAAUAAAAGCAACUACCUGGAUGGUUCAAAGAAGGGCAAUUGUGUAAGAGCAUUCAGCUAAGAAUUGGGAUAAUCUCUAAGAAAACUAGUUCCUCAUAUGAUCAAUCACGUGGUUUGAUGGGGAUGUGAUUAGGGUUUUGAUGUUAAAGAAUUGCUCUACUGCAAGUAUGAAUAACAUGGAAAUAGACAUGGAUAACCUAGUGGGACUGCUUGUCAGCUCCAGGAGGGGGGAGGGAAGAGGGAUGGGAAAAAUCAUGAAUCAUGGAACCAUGGGAAAAUAUUCUAAAUAAAAACAAACAAACAAGUUCCUGUCCAA